AUGAAAAAUAACCCUUACCAACAGAAAAAACGAAAACCGAACCGAGAUCGAAGAAGAUCCCCUUGUUCUAUAUAUAUACAUAUAUAUAUAUAUAUAUAUAUAUUAAUUUUUGUUAUCUCAAGUUUCUUUUGUUUCUUGCUUGUUUAGGCCAGCGCAUUCCUUAUAAAUUACACUCACUUCGUUUUCAAGAUAAAUAAUUUUGUUCCUCACUCCACCAUCUUCCUGCAUUUCCCUUUCUCUCUGCACUAUUAAAUUCCUUAUUUUUACUGAUAAAAGCAUUUAGUUAACACUUAAUCUAUGCUUGCUUUCCCAUGGAUUUCCAUUCCAACUAGCUUCGAUACGGAUCUGCUGCUUUCAGUUUCACGCGAUCUCCCCUCUGUUAACUUGUUCUGAUAGCCAAUGGCGUUGAAGCGGGGACUAUCCAGUGUGGGCGUCCAAAGGAGCAGAAGUUCUGGAUCUCGAUUGCGUAUCGUGAUUCUUUUUUUCUUCUCAAUUGUGACUCUACUUGUUUUCUUUGUCGGUCAAGGGCUUUACAUUUCUGACGAAGAUAGUGUUCAAAGUGGUUUUGGCAAACAGAAUGUUGACUGGAGAGAAAGGCUGGCAUCCCAAUCUAUCAAAAACCUAUUCACUAAAGAGGUUAUUGAUGUUGUAUCUACUAGUACAGCUGAUUUGGGGCCAUUAAGUCUUGAUUCUUUCAGAAAAAGCAAUUUGUCUACAUCAUGGAAUUUUAUUGGGGUAGAGUCUUCAGUUGCGGAUAAAGCUACUUCUCAGUCAAAUCAAAAGGCUACAGACUUGAAACAAGAAAUGUCUCAAGUUAAAGAGGGAAAGCUUCCUAAUGAUGAUCAUUCACAUGAUAUGCUUACUAAUACACUUCGAAGGCAACUUAGAGAUAAUAGGCGUGAGAAGCAUGUGGCUGGUUUGGUGCAAAAAGAUGAUGAAGCUACUGUGAAACUUGAAAAUGCAGCCAUUGAACGAUCCAAAGCUGUGGACUCUGCAGUUCUUGGAAAAUAUAAUAUGUGGAGGAAAGAAAUUGAUAAUGAGAACUCUGAUUCCACAGUGCGCUUGAUGAGUGAUCAAAUUAUAGUGGCAAAGGUUUAUAUAAUUAUUGCAAGCAUGAAAAACAAGCUUGACUUGCGAAAAGAAUUGCAGAUUAGGCUCAAAGAGAGUCAGCAUGCCUUAGGAGAGUCAACAACUGACGCUGAUCUACCUCAUAGUGCGUCUGAUAAAAUUAAAGCAAUGGAAAAAGUUCUAGCCAAAGCAAGAGAGCAAUUAUAUGAUUGCAAGUUGAUGCUUGGAAAGCUCAGAGCAAUGCUUCAGGCAUCGGUAGAACAAGUUAUGAGCUUGAAAAAAGAUAGCAUGUUCCUGAGUCAGUUAGCUGCCAAAACAGUUCCCAAUGCAAUCCAUUGCUUGUCGAUGCGUUUGACCAUAGAAUAUUAUCUCCUUCCCCCAGAGAAGAGAAAGUUCCCUAGAAGUGAGAAUUUGGAAAAUCCAAAUCUCUACCAUUAUGCCCUCUUCUCUGAUAAUGUCUUGGCUGCAUCUGUCGUUGUCAAUUCAACUAUCAUGAAUGCCAAGGAUCCCUCUAAACAUGUUUUCCAUCUUGUUACUGAUAAACUUAAUUUUGGAGCAAUGAACAUGUGGUUUCUGUUGAAUCCCCCUGGAAAAGCCACCAUUAAUGUUGAAAAUGUUGAUGAAUUCAAGUGGCUUAAUUCAUCCUAUUGCCCUGUUCUCCGGCAGCUUGAGACUGCAGCGAUGAAGGAAUACUACUUCAAGGCAGAUCAGCCAACCAAUUCUGGAUCUUCGAACUUGAAGUAUCGAAACCCAAAGUAUCUCUCAAUGCUUAAUCACUUGCGGUUCUAUCUGCCACUGGUCUACCCAAAGUUAGAUAAGAUCCUCUUUCUUGAUGAUGACAUUGUUGUCCAGAAAGACUUGACUGGAUUAUGGUCUGUAGAUCUCCAUGGAAAAGUGAAUGGUGCAGUAGAAACUUGCGGUGAAAGCUUUCAUCGUUUUGACAAGUAUCUGAACUUCUCAAAUCCACAUAUUUCACAGAACUUUGAUCCUAAUGCUUGUGGGUGGGCAUAUGGAAUGAACAUGUUUGAUCUCAAGGUUUGGAGAAAGAAGGAUAUUACUGGCAUAUACCACAAGUGGCAAAAUAUGAACGAAGAUAGAGCAUUGUGGAAGCUGGGGACACUUCCCCCGGGGCUGAUCACAUUUUAUGGUCUAACACAUCCACUUCAGAAAUCAUGGCAUGUACUUGGUCUUGGCUACAAUCCAAAUGUAGACAAGAAAGAAAUUGAAAGUGCAGCAGUUAUUCAUUACAAUGGCAACAUGAAACCUUGGCUGGAGUUGGCCAUGACGAAAUAUCGAUCAUAUUGGACCAAGUACAUCAAGUAUGAUCAUCCCUACCUUCACAGUUGCAAGUUCAGUGAAUGAACCAGAUUAUAAUUAGUGACAUUUUGUUUUCUUUUUCCUUCUAUUUUUUCUUUACUCUUCUUAUCCCCACAUUAUUGUUUAUUUUUCUUUGUAAUUCAUUAAAUUCAUUCCCUUAAGCUUCUCAUUCAUUGGAAUGAGUUAACAAAUUUUACGCCAGGUUAACCUCUGUACUUAAGACACCCCAUGAUUUUUUCACCCUUUUCCAAUUUUAGUAGAAUAGUGAAAAUCUUGGUCCACUAUAUUUUUUGAACAAUAGCUCCUUUUGCUGGAUUUAACGUGUAUAUAUUAUAAAGACUCAAAUUCCUAA